AUGAGAUCAAGAAAGUUGUAUGAUGGAGAUGUUGGAUAUGAAUUACGAGGCUAGUCUAGUUAAAAAUUCAGAAGAAAGGGUCAAGUGAAAAAGCAGAAUGAAAUUGAAAUAGAGAUUCCUAAUGGGGAUUUAACUAAAGGUCGAAUAUUCUUUAAUCACAAUUGUGCCGGUUGUCAUGAUUUAGACUAAGAUUUGUAUUUAGGACCAUCGUUGAGAACAGUUUAUUUAAGAAGAAAUGGAUCUAAGAAGUUUUCAAAUUAUGGUAAAGACUUGACAGCCUAUAAAUUCUAUUGGACUAGAAAAAAGCUUUGGGAAUUCCUAGAGAAUCCUGAAAAAAUGUUUCCUGACACAAACAUGUAGUUAGAUGGAGUUAAAGAUCCCUUUAUGCUGGCUAGUGUUAUAGAUUAUCUAUAAUAUUUAAGAGUGUUUACAUGCGAUAUAAGAGGAUUAAAAUAAAUAAUCUGAAUAUUGUAUGAAUAAUAAUAAUAAUCAUAUAAUUAAAAUAAA